AUGGAGCACUCAAACUGGCAAACUGAUUGCUCAACUCUCAAACAACGUAGUAAAUACGCUUUUGACAAUUCAAUGUUCUGCGAUGUUGAGUUUUCCGUCGUGGAUAAUGGCGGAAACAAAGUGCAAGUCCCCGCCAACAAAUACGUGCUGUCSCUGACAAGUCCUUUCUUUGCUGCCAUGUUUUACGGCCAACUUGCUGUGAAUAAACCAGUCAUCGACUUACCAGAAUGCACGAAGGAUGGUUUGAAUCARAUGAUGUGUUUCGCUCAUACGGACGAAGUGAACCUAACAGAGGAAAAUGUAAUGGAAGUCCUUUACCUUGCCGACAAGUUCAUCAUACCAUCUUUGGUUGAAAAGUGUCGAAAAUACCUCAAGAAGUUAGACCUAAAACCUGAAGAUGUGCUCAACGUUUUGCCUCUGAUACAGAAAAUAGGCGAUAAAAACUUGCAAGAGUAUUUCUGGAGCAUAGUUGAAGUGAAAUCCAGUCAAAUCAUUUCAUCAAAUGGCUUUUUGGAUAUUUCUCGAGAAUUGCUUUGUCAAAUCCUUCAAAGAGAAAUUCUUGAUAUCAAAGAAAUUGAGAUCUUCCAAGCAGUUGAUAAGUGGGCUACUAAAAGAAUUGAGGAAAAGGGWUUGGUUCACAGUGGCAAAGUCAAGAGAGCCAUCCUUGGACUAGAUGUUAUAAGACAAAUUAGAUUCCCUCUGAUGACCCACAAGGACUUUGCUGAAAUUGUUCUACCUUGCAAGAUACUKAUAAACACUGAACUAAUAGAGUUGUUUCAAAUAUUYCAUAAAGUUUCUCCAGAAACAAAAACGUUUAUUACUAAACAACGCUGCAUGGGUGAUCUUUUGAUCCCAAACUUACGAUUCAACCACGUUGAAGAUGGAGAUUUCACGAGUAACAUYGUGAGAUCUCUUGGUCUGUUUACUGAUGCCUUGCAUUUCACGAUCAACAAGUCCCUUUAUCUAGUUGGAGUUGUCUGCUUUGGAAAGCAAGGAACGGAAUAUGAUGUUGGGCUAACUGUYUACAAAAAUAAUCAAAUCGCCCAUGAAGUGUAUUCGCAGUACGUCACMGAAAGAGAAAUGAUAGACAAUUUAUAUUAUGGAUUUACUGUUACUAUUGACAAGCCRUUGAGAAUUGACCCAAGUGACGUUUGCACCAUCAGUGCUAAAAUAGUUGGUUUGUUUUCYUUUAGGGGUAAACAAGGCAAUGAAGUUGUGAUGAGCUCUGAYGGUUUUAUCAUAACAUACAAGGAUUCUAAGCAAAGCACUUCYACAAAUGUCUCUCAAGGACAAUUUCCAACYCUUCUUUUUAGAAAAUUGUGA